GGGCCUGCAUUCACAAGGCCCGGGAGGUCACUUUCACUUCUGGGGGUCUUCCAAAGCCUGUUCACAGAAAAUGCAACCCCAGCGCCUGGGGCCCAGAGCUGGGAUGGGCCCAUUCUGUCUGGGAUGCAGCCAUCGCAAAUGCUAUUCACCGAUCAGAAACCUGAUAUCUCAAGAAACAUUCAAGUUCCACUUUGAGAACCUACGCUAUGCCAAAAACCGGAAUAAUACCUUCUUGUGCUAUGAAGUGACUAGAAAGGACUGCGAUUCACCCGUCUCCCUUUACCAUGGGGUCUUUACGAACAAGGACGACAUCCACGCUGAAAUCUGCUUUUUAUACUGGUUCCAUGACAAAGUACUGAAAGUGCUGUCUCCGAGGGAAGAGUUCAUGGUCACCUGGUAUAUGUCCUGGAGCCCCUGUUUCAAAUGUGCAGAGCAGGUAGUAAGGUUCCUGGCCACACACCACAACCUGAGCCUGGACAUCUUCAGCUCCCGCCUCUACAACGUAUCGAAACCAGAAACCCAGCAGAAUCUUUGCAGGCUGGUUCUGGAAGGAGCCCAGGUGGCUGCCAUGGACCUAUACGAAUUUAAAAAGUGUUGGAAGAAGUUUGUGGACAAUGACGGCAGGCGAUUCAGGCCUUGGGAAAGCCUGCUUACAAAUUUUAGAUACCAGGAUUCUAAGCUUCAGGAGAUUCUGAGACGAAUGGGCCUGCUAAGUGAAGAGGAAUUUUGCUGGCAGUUUUACAACAGAGGAGUCAAGCAUCUCUGCUACUACCACUACAUGAAACCCUAUCUGUGCUACCAGGUGGAGCAGUUCAAUGGCCAAGAGCCACUCAAAGGCUGCCUGCUAAGCAAGAAAGGCAAACAGCAUGCAGAAAUCCUCUUCCUUGAUAAGAUUCGGUCCAUGGAGCUGAGCCAAGUGACAAUCACCUGCUACCUCACGUGGAGCCCCUGCCCAAACUGUGCCUGGCAACUGGCGGCAUUCAAAAGGGAUCAUCCAGAUCUAAUUCUGCAUAUCUACACCUCCCGCCUAUAUUUCCACUGGAAGAGGCCCUUCCAGAAGGGGCUGUGUUCUUUGUGGCAAUCAGGGAUCCUGGUGGACGUCAUGGACCUCCCACAGUUUACUGACUGCUGGACAAACUUUGUGAGCCCGAAAAGGCCGUUUUGGCCAUGGGAAGGACUGGAGAAAAACAGCAGGCGCACACAAAGGCGGCUCCGCAGGAUCAAGGAGUCCUGGGGUCUGCAAGAUUUGGUGAAUGACUUUGGAAACCUACAGCUUGGACCCCCGAUAUCUUGAGAGGCAAGAAGCGAUUCAAGAAGCUCUUUUGGUGACCCCCACCCAACCCCAAGUCUAGGAGACCUUUUGCUCACCUGUUUGUUUCCCCUUUUGUUUUAACUUUUGUUGUUUUGCUUUGUUUUGAAGACAGAGUCUCACUGGGUAGCUUGCUACUCUGGAACUCACUAUUAGACUAAGCUGGCCUUAAACUCUAAAAUCCACCUGCCAAUGCCUUCUGAGAGCCAGGCUUAAGGUGUGCCCUGCCCACUCCCAGCCUUAAGCCACUGUUCUGGGCCAUGAGCCACUAUUCCAAGCUUUUCCUUCCUCCUUCUUUUAUUAUCUUUUUAUCUCCCCUCACCCUCCUGCCAUCAAUAGGUACUUAAUUUUGUACUUGAAAUUUUUAAGUUGGGCCAGGCAUGGUGGAGCAGCGUGCCUCUAAUUGCAGGCAGACAGGAGGAUUUCCACGAGCUUGAGGCUAGCCUGAUCUACAUAGUGGGCUCCAGGACAGCCAAAACUACACAGAGACCCUGUCUCAAAAAUAAAUUUAGAUAGAUAAAUACAUAAAUAAAUGGAAGAAGUCAAAGAAAGAAAGACAAGA